UCAAAAUAUUGAUUAAAGCCAAGAUGUGCAUGUGUUUAAAGUAAAUUUCUUUUUUUAAUUUAAUAUUAUUAAUGAAUUAUAAUAGAUAUUUGUGCAAUUAGUGCGGUGAGUCGGGUAAUUACCCACAAGUGCGUUUAUCCGCACGUGUAGGCAAUAGCCAAUUUACACGUGUCGCAUACAAUAUUUUAGUUAUCUGUGUGUCAAAAUGUUAGUUCUUGAAUGUGAAGUUACAGGUGAAAAAAGGAUUACUUUUGACGCACAGAUAGCGAAAAAUGAUUUUACUGUUAUUAGAAAAAACACAAUUUACUUGUUUAUAUAAAAAUGUUAUUAAAAAAUUAAGAAACGUACCUCAAUAAAAGUAAAACAAGAAACAUCGAUAAAAAUUCACAACAUACAUAUAUUGUUGAUCAAAUUUUUAUUUAUUAACAGGUUGAAAAUUAAAAACAAUCGCGCAUUCUUGAGUGUUUGUAUAACUCAUCUAUUAUUAUUUUGUAAUAUUUAAUCUAGUGAACUUUUCUACAACAUAUAAAGACUAAACUGAUAAUUCACUUUCAUCAUCUUACAUUCUUUCACCCUAUCACGUUAUCCAACGCGCUUUUGAUCGAAAAAUUACAGGAUGUCUAAUUCAGAUCCACGUGCUUAGACGUUACACGAUACUGCAGAUGAAAGAGAGUAGGGCUCUAAUCAGUUUGUCGAUAGGCAAAUUGGCUUAGAGACGACUGAGCGACAGAGUGGUUUACGGACAACAAGAAAGAAAGUACAGCGAUAAGGCCAGUUUCCCUGUGACAGAUCAGAAGUACUGAACACACGAUAAAAUCCACGUUUUAAGAGUUUUCUUUUCGAAAAUUAUAAUUACACUGGAACUUCAUAAUAGCUGCGAUUCAAGGCUGUGAACGUGAUAAAGACAUCCCCAGUUCGUUUGAAACUGUGAAGUUCAAGACUGCAGCAGUGUCAAAUUUUACUCUCUGUUUUUCAUUAAUUAUUAAAACGUUAAUCAAAGUGAACUAAUAAACACGACGAUUUAACCACCAUCUCGCAUCACACAUACACACAUAUAUAUGGAAAGGAUUUUGCGUGUCAUUUUAAGGUUUGCGAUUACGAGAUUCCGGUGUAAAAGAGACGAAAGAAGCCUCGUAUGUUGAAAGAUAAAUUGAAACAUCACAAAUUGAAACAUUACCGAACUACUGACGAUCUUUUCAACAAAAAGAAACAAGAAACGUCAUAGGGUAGGUCUGAAAUCAUGUUUAAUUAGUCUUAGAUUUUCGAUUAUGGAUACCUUUUAUAAUUACUUUAUAAAAGUUAUUAUAAUUUAUUUUAUUACAAACAAAAUUUUUAUUUUUAUACAUUCGACACCAAAGAGAUUGAGACUUAAAAUAGAUUAUUUGCAAUCUUAUAAUGAUAUACUUGCUCAAAACUUUUGUAUUUAAGUGCAUUAUAUAUGUAAAUAGGUUUAUAUAGAUCUCAAUCAAUGAUUAACGUCGACAACAUAACUCAAGAUUUUUAACAUCUAUCUACGUCAAUGGUGUCAUUUAUAAGACAAAAUAUUUAGAUGUAAUUCAGAUGUUUAUUGAUCCACGAAGAACCGGAAGUGAUCAUUCGGUGGAAAAAGUGAACAGUUACCAACUUUCGUUCGAUCUUCGUCGAAAGCAUUCGCCGGAUUUCCGAACGAUAGAAUGUGCAGUUGAUCGAAAGACCAGAGUGUCUUUGAUGUUCGUGAAUUCAGAACGAUCCCAUCGAUCUCUCCGCGUCGAUGAAUUCUUUAUGACGUACUCUGCAUACUCCAUUGCAUGCACUGCUCUUUCUUUGGACCAUUCGUAUCACUUUUAAUACUCUCUGCUCUCUCCAGGAAUGACGUGGUACUUUCUACUAAUCAUAUGCUGCUACUUGUACGCCCUGCUUGACAUUACCACUCCACAUUUUCCAGAACUGGAUUUUGAUGAGUAUGGAAAAAAAGAAACCUCCUUGUCAUUAAAAGAUAUCUUACCUUUGAAUCCGAAGCAGUACGAUAAGCACAGAGCACCAAAAUUCCUUGGCCAACCUACCGUCGUUUAUUUUCACGUGACUGUGCUCAGUUUGGACUCGAUAAAUGAGGAAUCGAUGACGUACGUGGCUGAUAUAUUUCUCGCUCAAAGUUGGCGAGACUCUAGGCUACGGUUACCAGAAAACAUGUCCGAAGAUUACCGUAUACUUGACGUGGAUUGGUUGCAUAAUAUCUGGAGACCCGACUGUUUCUUCAAGAAUGCAAAAAAAGUUACUUUUCACGAGAUGUCAAUACCAAACCAUUAUCUUUGGUUAUAUCACGACAAAACGCUACUUUACAUGUCCAAAUUGACAUUGGUGCUUUCAUGCGCGAUGAAGUUCGAGUCUUAUCCUCAUGAUACUCAAAUUUGUUCGAUGAUGAUCGAAAGUCUUUCGCACACGACUCAGGAUCUAGUAUUCCUAUGGAACAUGACCGAUCCCCUCGUGGUUAAUCCGGAAAUCGAACUGCCGCAACUCGACAUAUCGAACAACUACACGACUGACUGCACGAUCGAAUAUUCGACAGGAAACUUCACGUGCAUACAGAUUGUCUUCAAUCUGCGCCGGAGACUGGGUUAUCACCUGUUCCACACGUACAUCCCGUCCGCCCUGAUCGUCGUCAUGUCCUGGAUCGCCUUCUGGAUCAAGCCGGAAGCCAUCCCGGCACGGGUCACUCUUGGCGUGACGUCACUACUGACCCUCGCUACUCAAAACACGCAAUCUCAGCAAUCUCUACCCCCGGUCUCAUACGUGAAGGCGAUCGACGUGUGGAUGUCUUCGUGCAGCGUAUUCGUCUUCCUGUCUCUUAUGGAAUUCGCAGUAGUGAACAAUUAUAUGGGGCCCAUAGCUACGAAGGCCAUGAAAGGAUAUUCCGACGAAGAUCUUCGCGAGGAUAUCGACGACUUCAAGACGCCAAUGAGGUCGGAUGCCGAAAGAAGCAGGAGCCCAACAAGGCCACCGAUGGUUCAGUAUGAGCAGUGCUGCGAAGGACGAGCCACCGCCAUUUACAUCGACAAAGUUUCCAGAUUCUUUUUCCCCUUCUCGUUCUUCAUUCUUAACGUCGUCUAUUGGAGCACAUUCCUGUAAUGCAACUUGAUAUGCCCGACUCGGCGAGAGUCGAAUGCGCUUUUAAAGACAUAGAAUUACGAAAAGAAUAUCACAAGGGAUGCGGCAUAACUCAUGGAAAGUGUAUCCUGAAAACUAUGAUGUAUAAAGUAUGGCACAAUGAAAGAAUUUAGUAAAAGUUGCAUUAAAUCUACAUGUUCAUUAAGAACAUAUUGUCUAAACAUAUUGUGAUAAAAAAAAAACUGUACGUGUUCAUUAUAAAACACAGUAAAAUCCUGUAACAAAUUAUAAGAAAUAUAAAAAAAUAUAAAAUAGUGAUAGAUAAAGAAGACGAUUUAAAAAUA